UAUCCGCAAAUGCUGUGGUUGAAAUAUGAAGCAAUUAGUGGAAAUCAUACAAAUAUCGACAAUUUGGUUCAGAUGGGGAUUGAUAAUGGUUGUCAGGCGUUCAUUGUGACUCCGAACUCGGUAAUCGAUUUCAUGGAUGGAUUUGAAAAUGUUAGAUUUACAUCAAAGAAUCGAUAUCAUUCGAUGCACGUUGUGGCUUUGCCCACCACCAUUGAUAAAACAAAUCAAUAUAUUAAUGAUAUUUUGAAUUGUGGAACUGUUCAAGACAUUCCAAAUAUUUUGAUUAUUUCGCAUUCCACCGGCCAGUAUAACGUUAAUAAUAAUAAAAUAAAAUUUGGUGAUUCUUCAUAUGAUUUAAUUACAUCACAAUUUGUGGGACAAUACAAUACUUCGGAGCCUCGUCUAUUGGAUACAUUUGAUAUUGCCAGCGGGACUUUAAUUGAAAAUGCAAACCUUUUUCCAGAUAAAUUUUCAAAUUUACAAGGUCGUUUGCUGCGGAUUGCUUUGUUCAAUUAUAAACCAUAUACUAUUUGGAUGGAAGUUACGCCCGGAACAGGAAAUAUGGAUGCGCUUGAUUCGGAACAAGAAAAAACUAUAUUUAUUGAUGGCACCGAAUCACGUUUGAUCAUGGCCUUUUGCAAGUUAUAUAAUUGCACGUUGGCUGUUUUAAUCGAUGAAGAAAGUGAAUGGGGUGUACUAUCGGAUAAUAUGACUGGAAAUGGCGUGUUGGGCGCAAUUGUAGAAAGACGUGCUGACGUUGGCAUCGCUGGACUUUUCCUUUGGUUUCAUGAGUUUCUAUUUCUGGACUAUUCUUCAAUAAUUUCACGUAGUGGAGUCACUUGCAUUUGCCCAAAGCCAAAAUUACUUGGUAGAUGGCUUUUACCAUUGCGACCAUUUACACCAACAAUGUGGGCAGCAGACUUUAUUUCAUUCGUGAGCCUUUUUCUUACGAUAUUUUUGAUAAAAUUAACGAAGAGCUAUGCAAAUUCAAUGUGUGAAAAUGAUAUAAUAUCUGUUUGGCUACAUGUAUGGGCUAUAUAUUUGGAACAAUCGACAAAUUUCAGUACAAGACAUUUGCCAGUAAUUAUCAUUAGCAUUAUUUCACUAUUAACAUCUCUGUUGCUUGCAAAUACAUAUGGUGCGGGUCUUUCCAGUAUUAUGACUAUUCCUCUAUAUGAAGCGCCAAUCGAUACACCACAACAAUUGGCUGAAAAGAACUGGGCAUGGGGAGCCACACGAGAUGUAUGGAUUUAUUCUAUUUCGAAUGCAACCGAGCCUGAAUUAAAAAAAUUGGUCAGUAUGUUUCAAGCAAGUACUUUUGAAAAGUUGAGUGCACGACGAACAAGUGGAGAUUUUUGCUAUUCCGUAGAGCGACUUCAGUUUGGACACUAUGCUGUUGGUGACUAUAUCGAUGAAAAAGCUUUGAACUAUCUGCAAUUGAUGAACACCGACAUCUAUUAUGAAAACAUUGUUCGAUUUGCAUGUUUUGCAUGUGAUAGAAAGCGGAAUCCAAAAAUAUUGGGAAUUGCAGACAGUGGCCAAUCAAACAAACCGGAAGAUACAUUUGGGCAUUUCCAUAUCAAGACAACGCGAUAAACCUGGUUUAGUUCGUUUAAGUUUUGAUCACGUCAGUGGAGCAUUCAUUUUAUUGGGCAUUGGAUUACUUAUCGCAUCAAUUUCCUUUGUUUGUGAAUUAUUGUUUCAUAAAUU